GCUCCAUGUCAUUUGGAGCAAACGUCAAAAUACGUAAAUUUUAUCAAAACAAGUUAAGUUGGUAAAUAUUUUUCUAAUACGAAUUUUAAAAUUGCUUUAUAAAUAUUAUUGCUAUAUAUAAACAAAUAUAUGGCUUCAGCAAUGUCGGAAAGCGUUAAAGAAAAGCGUCACAGAGUACUAUUAGGUCCUCUACCUGAAGAUUUUCUACAAAUUAAUCCUCUCAGACACGAGCAACAAGAAGCUGCCGAUAGAGAAACAGCUCUAGCUCUUCAACAACUAUAUACAGAAGGACCCGUAUCCUACGUUAUUAAUCCCGCUGGAAGACUCAGUAUCACCGUAGCCCAAGCUAAAUUAGCCAAGAACUACGGAAUGACUAGAAUGGAUCCAUAUUGUCGAAUAAGAGUGGGACAUUCCAUAUAUGAAACACCAACUGAUCCAAAUGGAAGUAAAAACCCCAGAUGGAACAAAGUAGUUUACUGUUACUUACCAAAUGGUAUAAAUACAAUUACAGUAGAAAUAUUUGAUGAAAGAUCGUUUACAAUGGACGAAUUGAUUGCUUGGGCUCAAAUUACCAUCCCCCCACAGGUUUUAGCUGGGGAAACUCAUGAAGAUUGGUAUCCCCUGAGUGGUAAACAAGGAGAAGGCGUAGAGGGCAUGAUAAAUUUGGUGCUAACUUAUACUACAGCUCCUCCUAAUUGGUAUGCCCCAAGUCAACCUGUAAUGGUAGUACCUAGAACGGAUGGUACUAUUAAACCUGUGGCAGUGUAUCCGGUUCCGGCACCUGAAACUAAUGUAGCUCCUCCUGCUCCUGUUUUAAGUGAAUCUGAAUUGAAACAGAUCAAAGAAAUGUUUCCUAAUAUCGAAAACGAAGUUAUCAAAACUGUAUUUGAGGCUAAUAGAGGAGAUAAAGAGAGUACUAUAAAUUCUUUACUACAAAUGGCUGAUUAACCAAUUUACUUUAUAGUUGAAUGUUUGCGAUUUUGGUACCUCAUUUAUAAUUUCCGUAUCAAUGCUUGUUACCCUGUUAUUUCUUUAUAUACAUUUUAGCUUUAUAUUUAGAAAUAUUGGCCAUAAAUUUACUAAUUUCUAGUCGAUUAAAAUAUAAUUUCAAAAGUAUGUUUAGUUGUUGUGCCAAUAAAUGUUUUAUUAGCAAUUAU